CCAUGCCAAACUUCAUCCUCCUCUUCGUAUCGCAGGCCAGCCACGCGCAUAUCGUUGCAAAGAGGUUACAGCGAUGCACUGCGCCAUCUACUAGAUGCUCGACAGUUUCAAAGCCCAUGCCGGCUUUCUCCCGCCGGCCACCGGCAGUGACCGGGACCUGCCAGAAGGGCGGCCAUGGCUGGCGCAGAGCAUGGCCUACUGUUGCUUGUCUCCAGAUACAGAGCAAAGCAAAUCGUCGAUUCCACCAUCUGAUGCUGACUGCAGGGCUUAGGUACCUUCGAGACCAAACACCACUGCUGUUGUGGUUCACGUCACUUUCAUCGUUUCCAAUGUGCCGCUUAGUGCGUCUACUGUCUUUCUGGCGGUGUCGAUAGGUCAGAAGAAAGAUGACGACGAAAAAAAGUUCAAGCCAUGCACGACGGGCGAGCGACCCCGAGACUGGGCUACCAAUCGCCGGAUGAUUUGCCAGGCACCCUCCGGCCUGCAGGUGUGCAUGUCCCAGUUCGGCGCCAAUGCUCAGGACGGGCUUGACGAGCCUUGUGCAUGGCCGGACGACAGCUCUCCCAAUGAUGGCUUCUUUCCCAUCACCGUCUGGCGUUGCCCUCCACGCACGAGUUCAGAUUCUGGGCAUCACCCAGCCCUGCACUGGCUGCCUCCGUGCAGAUCUCGUGGCAUCGGCCGGGAGCAUCUGGCUCAUUGGCGCAAUCCAUCUUCCCAGCAGAUCCUGUCCUCGACACAGGGCUACAGCUUACAGCAGAUGCAGAUUCGCUACCGUCUAUUAACCGGAGCCCACGGACCACGGACGUGGGUGGGCGAUGUUGGAUGGAUCGGGGAUUCAAGGGAAGUCCCUUGCUUGUCUCGGGAUCCUCGGGAUCUCUCUCGUCUUGUGACGGCUGUCCUUUCUCGACGUCUGAAAAUACCCCGCCAUGGCUGAGAGCCCAGAGAAGUCCUCCUCGCGGUGGGACUGAGACGCAGCGAGCCGGCCUCAUACUCACCAAUGCUGUUAAUCUCUUCACUCAAGUCAUCUAGACAUAUGUAGUUUGACAAUCGGUGUUCUAGGUAGCAGGCUAAGGAGGGCCAUGGGAGAGUAAAGUAGAAAUUGGACACCAAAGUCUCAUCGUU